UACUUUCUCACUUUUGUUUAGCGCCCAGUCUUGACAGCCCUGCGGCACACGCCUCAGAAAUCCUGCGGAGAAAGGCAUACCGGCAACGAGAGCGGAAAGGGUUCUGUGUCAGUCUUUUACUUCAGAAACGACCAGCAGCAGCAGCACCCAGGGAAGAAUCUAACAGGCUGCAGCAGCAGUGAGACUGGGAAUGGAAGCUGGCCUCCAGAAAAGUCUGAGCUUUCAAGCCUGUCCGUUGAGCGAGAGAGAGAGAGAGAGGGAGGAGGCCCGAAGUGUGUAGACUGGAGAAGCACUCCUGCAAGCCACUGAUCACACCAUCAGCUGCUUAUAGUAUGUUAAUAAGGGAUUGAUUACUCCCUGGAUAGAUUACCUUAUUAAUUCAUUAAAUAGUCAGGUGAUUUAGUGUAAUAGUUGGUUGAGUAAUUAAUAUCAAAUAAAUUGACGUUGAAGCAUUACAGGAUUAAAGCUUAAGAAACACAACUCGAAGAUGCCUGCGAUCAGCCCCGCGUUCAGCUCGUCCCCGCUGCUCUUUGCACGCCUGGCGGCCGUGCUCUUCACCUGCGUGACAUUCAGCCUAGUGGUGCACUGCGGGAGUUACGGUGGUGGCUCGGGGGACUGGUGCCUGUUCUGCUGGUGUUUCAGCUUCGUGGGCAGCCUGGUCGUGCUGCUGGUGGAAGUGCUGGGGCUGCAGAGCCGCGCGCCCGUCUCCUGGCGCAACUUCCCCAUCACCUUCGCCACAUACGCAGCACUGUUCUGCCUCUCAGCCUCCAUCAUCUACCCGCUUUACUUCUUGAAGGACCAGUAUGGCUCCUCGGGGAGCAGUAGGGACUACCGCAUCGCUGCCUCCGUGUUCUCCUGCCUGGCGACGCUGGCGUACGUGGUGGAGGUGUCCCUGAGCCGGGCUCGGCCCGGGGAGGUGGCAGGGUACAUGGCGACCGCGCCGGGGCUGCUGAAGGUGUGCGAGACCUUCGUGGCGUGCGUGAUCUUCGUGUUCCUGGACCACGCCUACGAGCGCCACGCCGCUCUGAAGUGGUGCCUGGCGGUGUACUGCAUCUGCUUCAUCGUGUCGGCCACGGUGAUCGUGCUCUGCGUGGGCGAGUGCACCGGCUGCCUGCCCUUCCCCUUUGACCGCUUCCUGAGUGCCUACGCCCUGCUGGCGGCGCUCCUGUACGGCACGGCCACCAUCAUCUGGCCCCUCUUCAACUUCGACAGCAACCACCUGGCUGUGCGGCGCGACCGCUCCUGUGGGCAGGGCCGCUCCCUCUGCUUAUGGGAGACGCUUGUUGCCGUCUCAGUUCUCACCGCGCUAAACUUCCUGCUCUACCUCGCUGACCUCUUCUACUCAGCUAGGCUGGUCUUUAUCAAGGUUUAGAGGGGAAACUAACCCUUUUAAAAGUGUCCCACAGUAAAAGCACAGCAAAGCAUAGGGAAGCAUUGUAAAGCACAGAGAGGUCUGGUAAAGCAUAGG